AAUGUAACUUAUAUGUUCAAAGUUUGUUAUAAAAUUAUUAUUGUAAAUCAGCACCAAAUACCGCCUCUUAUAUAUUUCUUGAUAAAUUAAGGAGUGAAGUGAAAUAUAAAAAUUUAAAAUGUCACCGAACUUAGCCGCCGACACUCUGCCUGUGCCACAACGUGAGCAAUCCAUAUCUGAGGUCCAGUCAAUUUCCAUCCAAAGACAUCAAAUAAAGCAUAUGAGGACAGUGGGGAGCGCUAAUAUUGGCCAAUGUAUCAAUAAUAUCUUGAGAAGAUUAAUGAUUGAUGAGCUGGCCAUGAAAUUCUCAUAUACUGGCCGUGCAUCAAACGGGAACACAAAAACUCCAUUUCAUGGGAGUGAGAUAUCGAAAUGCAUACUGAUUGCUGUUCAAACGUUUUUGGGGACAUUGCAAUUGAAGUGAAAUAUGGAUCGUUGGCGUCGAAAUGGCUCCAACAAGCCAGAACAAGGUUGUUGAGAAGGACCAAGAGCAGAGAGACUACGCCUCAUGAAGCUCAAAUCGAG